GGCAACUUUCUUAUACCUUUUUGACGUGUUGAAUGCGUCGUGGGUGAAAAGUUGAUCUUUAAAUCUUAAUUAUUUCCAUAUUAAUGGAACAGUUUAUUGUUAAUGGUGUUUAAAAUAUAUAUUUAAUUAAUAAAUUAUAUAAGUUAAACAUUUAUUACACGAAUAAUCAUGAGUCGGUUCUUCGCUACUGGUACAGACUCUGAGUCUGAAAGCUCAACUGAAGAGGAGGUGAUAGUUCGAGCGCCAGCACCGGUUUAUACGUUCAGUGACGAUGAAGAAGAAACAAAGAGAGUUGUGCGGUCAAUGAAAGAAAAGCGAUAUGAAGAAUUAGAAGCUAUAAUUCAUACUCUUCGCAACCAUCGUAAGAUUAAGGACUACUCGUCAGCUUUAGCUUCAUUUGAAGAACUUCAGAGAGCUUAUACUAGAGCUGCUCCUGUAGUUCUAAAGGAAGAGAAUGGAAUUGCUCCGAGGUUCUUUAUCCGAGCCUUAACUGAAUUAGAUGAUUGGGUCACUGGGGCUUGGAAUGAUAGGGAUGCUAGAAAGGCCUUGUCUAAAGGGAACAGCAAGGCAUUAACUUCCUUGAGACAAAAAUUGAGGAAGUACACAAAAGACUUUGAUGCUGAAAUUUCUAAGUUUCGGGAAAAUCCAGACAUGCCUGAUGAUGAUGAUGAGCGUAAAGAUACCUCCUCGUCGGAUGAGUCAGAUGAUGAGGAUAAAGUAAAAGAAAAGCCAAGAAUUGCUCGUUCUCCUGAGGCUCCUCGUAGACCCCCUCCUCAAGAUGAUGAGUCUUCUGAUUCUAUGGACUGGGGUUCAAGUUCAUCUGAUUCAAGCUCAAGCUCUGAUGAUGAGACACGUGGAGCUACCACUUUAAGGGAAAGAUUUUUGAAACGUGCCACUGAAAGAGAUGAUGAUGAAGAAAGGGAUAGACGUCGUGUUAGGCGUGAAAGACGUGAUCGUGCUGGUAAAAUCAGUAAGAAGGAUCAAGCUGAUGAUGGAGGUGAAUGGGAGACUGUAAGAAAAGGUGCCGCUACAUCUGAUAAGCCCAAGAUGUUUGCAAAGGAUAGUGAUAUUGAUGCAGCUCUUGUGGUUAAAAAGUUAGGUGAAAUUAGUGCUGCACGUGGUCGCAAGAGGACUGAUCGUCGCGCCCAACUAGAACUACUUCAUGAACUGCGUACCGUCGCGCAACAGCAUAAUCUCGGAGAUGCUUUACAGCUUAAAUUACGUGCUGCAACUGUUGCAGCACUCUUUGAUUACAAUCCUAAAGUUUCUGAUGCAAUGAAACCCGAAUAUUGGUCUAGACUUGUUGAAAAUGUGGAUCAGAUGGUUACCCUUCUGCUUUCCCACGAAGAUAUGAUGCUCAGUGAAACUAUUACUGAAGACAAUGAACAACUUGUCACUGCGCCAUUUAAAGUACGUGGUUGUUUGCUUACAGCCUUAGAACGCCUAGAUGAUGAGUUCACUAAGCUAUUGAAAGAAUGUGAUCCUCAUUCAAAUGAAUAUGUGGAAAGAUUAAAAGACGAAGUGCGAGUUUCAACACUUAUUGAUCGUGUAUGCCUAGUCGUAGAACGUGACGGAACACCGCAAGAAAUUUGUCGCGCUUAUCUUCGUAAAAUUGAUCAUCUUUACUAUAAAUUUGAUACACGUGCUAUGAAAAAGGAUCUUCAACCGGGUGAAGAAACUACUAUUAAAAAGAUGGAACGCUUAUGCAAGUACAUUUACGCAAACGAUGACAGUGAUCGUUUACGAACACGCGCCAUUCUAUCGCACAUAUACCAUCAUGCCCUGCAUGAUAACUGGUUCCAGGCAAGAGACCUCCUACUUAUGUCUCAUCUUCAAGAGAAUGUUCAACACUCGGAUCCGAGCACGCAGAUAUUAUAUAACCGUACGAUGGCAAACUUGGGUCUAUGCGCAUUCCGUCGUGGUAAUGUUAAGGAAGCUCACGGCUGUCUAGCCGAGCUCAUGAUGACCGGAAAACCUAAAGAGUUACUUGCUCAAGGUUUGUUACCGCAGCGUCAGCAUGAACGUUCAAAGGAACAAGAAAAAAUUGAAAAACAACGUCAAAUGCCUUUCCACAUGCAUAUCAACCUUGAGUUACUCGAAUGCGUGUACUUAGUAUCGGCUAUGUUAAUUGAAAUCCCGUACAUGGCAGCUCAUGAAUUUGACGCUAGACGUCGCAUGAUAAGUAAAACUUUUUACCAAAACUUGCGUGCCAGCGAACGUCAAGCUCUAGUUGGACCACCAGAGUCUAUGCGUGAACAUGCCGUGGCAGCCGCUAGGGCUAUGCGGCGCGGUGAUUGGCGUGCUUGCCUGAAUUUCAUUGUUAACGAGAAGAUGAAUGCCAAGGUAUGGGAUCUAAUGGUUGGCGCUGAUAACGUACGCGCAAUGUUGGGCCGCCUUAUUAGGGAGGAAUCACUUCGCACUUACCUCUUUACAUAUGCGCAUGUCUAUGCGUCCCUGUCGCUCCGAUCACUAGCAGACAUGUUUGAAAUGCCAAGACAGAGAGUACACUCUCUUGUGUCUAAAAUGAUUAUCAAUGAAGAGUUACUGGCUUCAUUAGAUGACCCAAGUGAAUGUGCCAUUUUACACCGCUCUGAACCAACAAGGAUGCAAGCUCUAGCAUUACAACUUGCAGAUAAGGUGGGCAAUCUGGUCGACUCAAACGAGCGUAUAUUUGAGAAACAGGGGUCGUUCUUCCAACGAGGUGGGGCGCCACGGGGGGAGGGGCGCCAGCGCGAGCGUCCGCGCGACGGGUGGGGUCGGCGUCAGCGCAACCGUCGCCGCGACGACGAGCGCGGACACGAAGAUUAAUUCCUUUACACGGAACUCCUUACAUCACCAACGGCUGCUGGAACAUAAGAGGGAAAAAACGCCUACCCGAUUUUACUUAUUAUAAGAAAAAUCAAAUGAAUGACACAGGUUGCUCACAUUCGAAACAAAAUGAAAAAAGUAUGGAUUUAAUUGAAUCCAAUAUAAUAGAUAAAAUACAAAAUACAUUCACUUUUGAUGAUUUCAAUACAAACUGUGACAUAAAUAGUAAAACGAUAGAGGAAAUAUGUAAAAUAGAUCCUAAAAUGAAUAUUGCACCUGCUGUCUAUCUGUCUGCAAAUGAUAUCUUAUAUUUCUCCCGCCUGUCUUGCUUAUAUUUUAUACAUUAUAUGUAUUAUGAUUGUAAGGAACCCACAAUAAAAGUUCUUGUAACAAAUUUAUUUUACAGAGGCGUAUUGCGCUCUUCCGACUGUUUGUUUGAGAAAAAUGAAAUAACAUUUACUACUAAAUCAUAAGGUCAAACUACAAAAAAAAUUUGGAAAAUGUUCUAUAGUACUUACGAAGUAUCUUUUUACGAUUUAAUGUGUUACAUCAGUGUCUUGCAUCCGUAUAUGUUUUCCACAUCUUGUAGAAUCGUAAAAUGGAUUUUUAUACAAAAAUGUUAUUGCAUUAAACACAUCAACCACGCAGUGCGGAAGAGCGCUAUAAAAGUAAAAUGUGUAUCAAAGUUAUUCAUGCCCCUAAUGGAGCAUAAGAAAUGAUGUUUUAAAAAAUAUAUGUAUGGUAUAAAUUAUGUAUCAGAAUAA